AUGGGAAAAGGUAAAUAGAAAGUAGAAUCAUCAGAAGAGGAAGGUGGAAGUGAUUAUUAGAAGGAUGACUUUGUGGUAGAUUCAGAUGAAGAUAUAGAAGAAGAGGCAUAAGAGAAGUAAAAAUUAGGUUGAUAAUUUUAGUCAUGACGAUUCAUAUGAUGCUGAAUUGUCAGAGGAUGAUAAAAUAUUGAUUGAAGACAAUAAGAGAGUUUCAAAAUUAGGAAGAUUGUAGAAAAUAGCAAAAGAUGAUGAUGAACCAGAAAUGGAGGAUGCUCCUGCAGAUCUAUUUCAAGAGCCUUAAUCUUAGGAGCCAAUUGAUGAGAAUGAGUAAAAUGAGUUAAUAAAUAAAUUGUUUGAUCCAAGUUAAAGAGAAGUGGCAUUCUUGAACUAAAAUGAUGAGGAGAUAAUUAAAUAGGACGUGCCUGAAUCGAUCUAAAUUACUUACAUGAAAAUGACUAAUGGAUAGAUCAUGUAAAAUUCAAGAGAAGAAGCAUCAGAAUAGUAAUUAAAAUGGAUUGGAGAAAAGAUGUGUUCCCAGUUCGAUUUAAAAAAUCUUUCUGAUGUUUUAGUUGGAAUCAAACUAAUUUUGGAGUUCUAUAGAAAAGAGAAUUUAGAUAUAAUGUACAUCUAUACUUAUAAGCGUCAUCUCAUAACUUCAGCAUUUCAAUUAGAACAUUAUUGGAAAAUAAGAGAACUUGAUUAUGAGUGGGAACACUUUAGUAAUUUCAAGAAUAGAAUAUCAAAAUUGAUUGACUCUAUACCUGAAGGAUAUUUAAUAUAGAAGGAAACAGCCAACAUGUAUUUAUAAAAGGCAAAAGAAAUAGAGGAUUUAUAGAAUUUGAAGGAUUAUAUUGAUUAUAUAAUCAUGAAACAUAAUUGCAAGAGAAUUGUUUAAUUAGAAUAGGAAUUAUAGAGAGAGAAUUAGGAGAAAUAAUUAUUAGGUUAAAGAAUGAAUUAAGAUUAGACAAUAGAAUAGGAAAAAGAAUAUGUGAAUUCCAAAAUUGAUAAUAUUUAAAAGGAGUUGGAUAAUUUGAGUUUGAAUGCAAAGAAGAAAUCUGAUACAAAAGAGAAAGCCAUGAAAGAAUAUAUAAAAUAAAGAGUAGAUGAAGCAGCAUUGAAAUUUUGUUAUACUUCAGAUGAAUUCUUCAUCAAAUUAUAAGGAAAGAGUGUAUAAGUGGAUAGAAAGAUUAUAUAGGAUUUGGAAGAAUUAUGGAAUCAUUAAACAGAGGCUGCAGAAUUUAGAUCAUAAGAUUCAAGUUCUGAAUAUAUCAAAUUAUUAUAAAAAUAUUUGAUGAUGGAACUAUAUCAUCAUCCCUUCAUCAGAAAUUUCAUAAGUCAAAUAUAUAGAGAUCAUUUACUUAUUUCAACAGAACCUACUUAAUUGGGUAAUAGAGAAAUAACAGCUGUAAGUUAUUUCUUUCCAGUUAAGAGAAUUAAACAUAGAUAAUAUAAAUAUAUGGAAGAUCAAACUUGGAUGCAAUGUCUUAGAGCAGAAUAAUUAGGAUAUAUCAAAAUUAGUUUUACUAUAUCAAAAGAUAAAGAUCAUAAAAAAGAAAAGUUUCCAAGAGAUGAUAUAAUGGUUUUAUUAUAUGAUAAAUUUGUUAAAAUUGAUGAUUCAUAGAAAGAAUAAGAAAAUAUAAUGAGAUUUAGAGAUCUAAUUCUUAGAGGUAUUUUAUAAGAAAUAUGGUAUCCUGUUUUAGAAAGAUAAAUUAAAUAUAAAUUGUAAUCUCUCUCAUCCAAACAUAUAGUAAGGAUGUGUCAACAAAAAUUCAAAUAACUCAUUAAUAAACAACCUCAUAUAAGUGAAGUUGGAAAUAAUUAAUAAAUGUAAUAAACUACUAAUCCUGAUGUCAAAAUUAUGUCUUUAGUUAUUGGAUAAGAAUAGACAGAUAUAAAAGUACUUAAAGCUUAUUCUCAAGAUUGUUCAAUUCAAAAAAAAUAUAUUGGAAUGUCUGUUAUUGAUUAUAAAGGAGAAUAACAAACUCUUCAAAUUUUCAAUUAUUUAACCUAAGAUGAAAGAAGAACUGAUAUGCUUGAAUAAAUUAGAAAAGAAUAAGCAUUAUUAGAUAAUUUCUUUGAAAAAUAUAAACCAGAUCUUGUAGUCAUUUCAUCUAAUCAUUCUGAUUGUUUAAAAUUAAGAGCUGAUUUACGUAAGAAAUAUUAAUAGACAUCCUCUGUUUGGAUUACUUUGGCAGAUUCAUAAAUCUCAAGGAUUUAUAGUAUGAGUGAAAAGAGUAAUUUAUAAUUGCCUGAAAUACCUCCCAUUCUAAAGGAGGCUAUUUCUUUGGCUAGAUAUAAACUAAAUCCAAUGGCUGAAGUAUUAAAUCUAUGGAAUGAUUCAAUUGAUAAAAAUGGUUGUUUACAUCUUAAUUUACAUCCACUUCAAUCUAUGGUUAGUCAAUAAGUAUUACUUGAUGCUUUAAAAUAAACUGCCACUGAAAUAGUCAAUUAAGUUGGAGUUGAUUUGGUUGAUUGUACUUUACAUAAACAUUUGGCAGAUUAAAUGCAAUUCAUUAAUGGUUUAGGAAGAAGAUAAGCCAAACAUCUAUUAACAAUGGUCAAAGGUUUAUUGAGUAAGAGUCUCUUUAAUAAUAAUUAUGAAGAUGAAAGAUUAAUCUAUUCUAAAUUAGAAUAAGAUUAAAAAGAAUAUAUCUAAAUCUAAAGAUAAGAUAUCCUAAAAACACAAAUUUUAAAGAAAGUUGUAUUCAAAAAUGUUUAAGGAUUUAUUAAAAUUUAGAGAGGCAUUUAACCAUUAGACAUAACUAGAAUGUAAAUUAAAAUGUAUUCUGAUGCUGUACAUAUAGCCAAAUGUGCUUUAGAAGUUGGAGGUAGAGAUGAUAGAUAAAAUACUAUUGUUAGAUAAUUGAUGAGUCAACCUUAAAAGAUGGAAGAACUUUAAUUGGAGGACUGGGCAAAAUAAAGAGAAUAAAAAGAUGGAAGUGAAAAGUUUACUUUAGUUGCUUAAUUUAUGAAAGAGGAAUUAACAAAUCCUUUCCUUUAUAAAUUUGAUACUGCAAAUAAGGAAAUGAGUAAUUCUGAAAUAUUCUAUGCAAUUACUUAAGAGUCUCCUUACACUUUCCGUAAAAAUAGUAUUGUUCAAGGAUAAAUUACUAAAAAAAUAGAAGGUAAAGACAAGAGUAAAGACAGUGAUAAACUAUUAAUAAAAUUAUCAGAUAAUGGUUUAUGUGGUACCCUACGUAAAGAGGAUAUGUUAUAAUAAGAAUUUGGAAUUGGUUAAAUUAUUAAAGCUUAUGUGAAAAGGAUACCAGCUACAGAAAAUAAUAAUAAAAAUGAUAGUUUGAAUAUCCUUAUUAUAGAAUUAUCAUUGAAGCCUGAUUGGUCACGAUGGGAUUAAGAUUAUCUAAAACCACCUAAAUAUGAUCCAUGGCCUUAUUCCAAUAUUUCAUAUGAUGAUUAUUGUAAUAAAGUUAUACAAACCUUUGAUUAAAGUAAAUUCAAAGAGUUUGAUUAACCAAUCAUUCCUUUAGAUCAAAUGCCUAAUAAAUAGAAAUAACAAUAGAAAUUGAUUCUAAGAAAUAUUAAUCAUCCUAAAUUUAAAUAAGUACUUCUCAAAGGAGCUCUUGAAUAUAUUGAAAGCUAACCUGUUGGAGAAUACAUUAUUAGACCUAAUUAAAGACUUAAAGAUCAUUUAACAAUCACAUGGAAAUUCCAUGAAGGUGUUAUUGCACAUCUUUAUGUUUAAGAAUAAAAAUCUGCCUAGAGUUAUAAGCCUUAACUUUUUUUGAAUGGUAAAACUUAUGAAUCUUUUGAUGAAAUCUUUGAAAACUAUAUUACUCCAUGCAAUCUUCAUAUGGAAGCUGCUGCAAACAAUAAGAAAUUCUAUAAUAUUAAAAUGGAUCAAGUAGAAAAGAAGUUGAGAGAAGAUAAGGAAAAAGAUGAAGAAAUUAUACCAUAUGGUUUUUGUGUUACUGAAAAGGCUCCACAAUAUAUAGUUUUGAUGUAUAUGAAAUAGAAGAAUAAAGUAGAAAAGGAAUACAUUAAAGUUAAACCUGAAGGUCUUAGUUUUCACUCUGUAAUGUAGAAUAAUCUCAAAGAAUUAACCUUAUGGUUUAAGAAAAACUUUAGAACCCAAGAAUAUAAAGAUUAUGUUAAAAGAACAAAACCACCUAUUCCUGAAACUAAUGAUAGAUUAAAUUAAUUAAAUUCAUAAUGGGAAGUUAAGAGGGAGAAAACUAAAGAAGAAAAAGUAAAGCAUGAAGAAUCAUCUUGUAAUUAUAUUUCUUAUUAUUAUAUAGAUAAUGUAAUAUGUUCCAAAUGUAAUAAGCGUGGUCAUAAUGCAAAUGACUGUAGACAAAUGAGAGAUAAAGGAAGAAGUGGAGGAGGAGGAGAUUCAAAAAGUAUUUUAUUAAUUCUAUAAAUAUAUAGUGGGAUGUCAUAAUUGUGGUUAAAAUGGUCAUAUCAAAAAGAAUUGUCCAAAAUUAAAUAAUCCUAGAAGAGAAAGAAGUAAUAGCAGAGAGCGAGAAAAGAUGUCUACUAAAAAGAAUCAAUUCUAAACAAAAGUAGAAGACACUCAAUAAAUGGACUGGUGAU